AUGAAUAGAGAUUUGAAACACUAUAGCAAGAAUUUCAUUCUUUGCGGUGAAAUAGAUUAUCACUGUUUUCUCUGUCAAGAAUCAUUUGUUAGCUUCGAAGGUGUUGACAAACAUGUUAAAUGGGAAAAACAUCGCGUCGCAAUUAAGAACUUGGAAAAAGAUGGCCCCUAUAGUAAAGAUUCCAUAUUUAAAAUAAGAGAAGACUACUACUGCGAGAUCUGCAAUGAAAUCACAACAAAUGCUAAAAAGCACAGAGAUACCAAGUCCCAUAAAGAUGCUAAAGAGAAUUCAACAAUCCCGAGAUACGCAAAAGGAAUUUCUCCUUUUGUUUUACGAAAAGCAGAUGGCUCGUUCUCUGUCAACGGUGAUUUCAAAAUCAACUUGUUGGAGUGGCACGGCAUCAAUAAGGAUUUCUGCACAUUGUGCGCGAGGGAAAUUCGAGAUUUAGCGAUUCAUGUGACUUUAAAUGUCCACAUAAUUAACUUGAUACAAACGAAAACGAUGUUGUUUGAGAAGCAAUAUUAUAGAAAGUUACGAGAGGAUAAAUUCUACUGCUUUUUGUGCAGCAACUUAUAUCCUAUAACUGAUUUGGAGAAACAUUGGAACUCUGUAUGUGAGGCGACUUUGAAAGCUAAAGCGAAGGUUUUGAAUGAGAAAGAUUUACACCUGAUCAAAGACGACCCGGAGCUAGGCAAAGCCCUCCUGAAAUUACAAAGCUCAUUCUUCGAUAUAGAUGAAAGUGACAAAGCCAAAUGUUUAGAGUGUGGGGAAACAAUGACAGCGGUUCUUGAAUGCUUGCUCGAUCAUAGAAAGAAGCAUACAUCUCGAAGGCAGAAAGACACCGAAAACGAAAAAUCGUAUGAAGUUUAUUUCGCAGAAGUCACAGACCAUGGAAAAAGGAGGAAGGAUCUCGCGGCAUACUGUAGAGAGAAUUUCAUGAAACUGAACAGGACCGGUAGUUGGGGAUUUUGCACUAUAUGCUGCGUACCUAUCUCUGCUCACAUGAAACAGGCAAUAGAACAUGUCCAAGGGCAACGACAUAAGGGCUUUCUAGAAUUAAAAGGGCUUAGGAAACGGAGCCAACACGAAGAACCGUAUUGUGAGAAGCAAAAAUUUACGUUGUUUUUAAAACAUAUUUUCAAGACCGACACUGCAUACUGCGUAAAAAGUUAUUUAUCUAUAGAUGGAUAUUCUUUGCUGCUCAUGGGUGAAUAUAUGAAGGGAUCUGGUGAAAUGAAAUGCUUCGCAUGCGAUGAGGUGAUAAAGGAGCAAUUAGCUGACGACCAUUGCAAAACUAAAGCUCAUAUCGAUAGAGUUUUGUCGUGUCACGUUAUGUUAGUUGAAGGGGGGUUGGAGUUUAUACGGAUGAUACGUCCAAAUCUGUAUCAUUGCGCUAUAUGCAAUGUUACUCUCGCGUACUGGGAAUCAGUCCACCGUCAUAUCACCGCUUUAAUACACGGUAUGAAGAAGACGAAGAAAGUAUUGCCACCCCCUGAGGCGCGUAUACUGUACAACAAAUAUGGAUGUAGAACCAGUAAAGGAGAUAUACAUAUACAAUUGAAGAGAUUAGGAUUGUGUGAAAAGAAAGAAUAA